GACACAGCGGAGUAAACCAACUAGGGGGAGCUUUUGUGAACGGCCGUCCGCUUCCAGACACCACCCGCCAACGGAUCAUCGAGCUGGCACACAGCGGGGCUAGGCCUUGUGACAUAUCUCGUAUUUUACAGGUCUCCAAUGGGUGCGUAAGCAAAAUCUUAGGACGAUACUACGAGACUGGAAGUAUUCGACCCCGUGCAAUCGGUGGAUCUAAGCCACGAGUGGCCACCAACGACGUGGUCGGGAAGAUAGCGCAUUACAAGAGGGAAUGUCCCAGUGUUUUCGCUUGGGAAAUUCGAGACCGGUUGCUUAGUGAAGGUGUCUGUAAUCAAGAAAAUAUUCCCAGC